AUGACCAGCCGGCGUUUCCAAUUGUUCACAGAAGAUUCGCAAUCGUCGCACAAAACAGUACCUCGCUCCAAGAAUAGCAGGAUCGAAGUAGGCAGCGCGUGGGUGAAGACUCAGGUUGCGGCUCAUCUGCCGCCCGAGAGUUCUCGAAAGAACAAUUCAAUUUCGACAAUCUACAAGCUGCUUGGGAAGACGCUCUUCGAAGGGAAUCUCUUUUUGUUCGAGCAGAAGGAAGCGGGCGGCACCCCUGAGGAAUUUAUUCGCGGGCCUAUCAUUGGGGCGGGUGCCUGUGGGUUAAGCAUCAAAGGAACUUUCGUAUCGGCUGGGCAUGAUGUCGCAAUGAAAAUUCACUUCUCGAACACGCCGUGCUCCAAAACCAAUCGAUCUCGCUUGCAAGGAACCAAAAUACAAGUUGAUAUGGAGUUGAGAGUCCGUGAUGCCUUGGCCGCAGCCUUUGGCGCAGAGAAUAUCCUAACUCAUGGUAUGGUGCUCUCCAUUGGUGAUGCUCGUCGUGUGCACGGCUUCCCAGAAAUGGUAAAGGGUGCUGUCAGCACCGCUGUCCUAUGGAACUCCGUCCUUGUCUAUCCGCUCAUGAAGUGCUCGCUGAACGACCUCUUGUCGGUGCCAGGCUGGCCACGUGAAGCACGGCUGUAUGUGGCAAAGCGCCUCAUCGAGAUUCUUUCCUCCUUGCACCGCGCAGGAGUGGUCGACGACGAUAGUCACGCAGGGAAAGUCGCUUUAAAAGAAGGGUCUGGCGACCUGUUUUUCACCGAUUUCGGCGAACACGUGAGCGACGGACCGGUGCCGAACGUGUCUCGGCGGCAGCGUCAGCUUCAGGAAGCCUCCCACUUGGGGCAUCUGGUGUACUACGCCUAUACAGGCAAGACCUGCAUGCCGUUUUGGUUGUUUAUUUGCACUGACAACGUUCCACUCGAUGGCACGGUUGAUCCAAUUGAGGUUGGACCAGAGGAACUCAUCAUUCAGGAUGCAAUACGAGCCCCACUCAUAUGCAAUGAGCAUGAGCGGAUCCUGCCUCAGGACAUUACCGCAGCCACCCCCUUGUUCCGGGACGAGCCACACGUUACAAAUGGCAGCACCGGUCGUGAAAACUGGUAG